UGGCUCUACCCGUUCACCCUCUUACCUAACCUCCCUCCUGGUGAACUGUGUAAGUGCGAGCGCUUGGAGUUCCGCGGCCUGUCAGGACUCAGGAAUGGAGGCGCAGACAGGAGGAGACGCAGGUGUCUUCGACAAGCCGAGAAUGAGCACUUCCAGCCCGAGCCCGAGGCUGGGCUUCUGCGGAGCCGUGUUCAUCAUGCUGAAGUCCGCUCUGGGUGCAGGACUGCUCAGCUUCCCCUGGGCUUUCUCCCGAGCUGGAGGAGUUCACACUGCAGUCACAGUGGAGAUGUUUUCUCUCGUAUUCCUCGUUAGUGGACUGGUGAUCCUUGGCUACUCAUCCUCCAUCAGUGGCCAGAGCACGUACCAGGCUGUGGUGGGGCACCUCUGUGGGCCUGCUAUAGGCAAACUGUGUGAGCUCUGCUUCGUCCUCAAUGUCUUCAUGAUCUGUGUGGCAUUUCUGGUUAUAUUGGCAGACCAGCUUAAAAAAUUGAGUAUUUCCAUAUAUGAGCUAAUCACAGAUUCAGCUGGGAACGCGAUGCCUUAUCACUGGUACACAGACCAGAGGUUUACGCUUUUCCUUGUGUGUCUCUUUGUCAUUCUUCCUCUCUCAAUUCCUAAAGAGAUUUGGAUACAGAAGUACACCAGCGCAUUAGGCACAGUAGCAGCCACCUAUUUGACUGUAGCCAUUGUUGUAAGAUAUUACACAAGAACAGUCCCUGAGGUCCACCUGUCCCCUUCAUACAACACUGGGAUGGGCUUCUGGGCUUCCAUAUUCAACGUCAUCCCCACAAUCUGCUUUGGCUUUCAGUGUCAUGAGUGCUGCGUUGCCGUCUACAGCAGUUUGGGGAAUAAGAAGCUCUCCAACUGGGUCAUAAUCUCUUUAUUGUCUAUGUUCAUCUGCCUUGUUAUCUACACUCUAACUGGUAUCUAUGGGUAUCUCACCUUUGGGAGGAAUGUUGCUGCUGAUGUUCUGAUGUCAUACAGUGGAGAUGAUGUCCUUAUGAUCAUUGCAAGGUUACUCUUUGGGGUCUCCAUUAUCACCAUCUACCCCAUUGCUCUAUUACUUGGAAGGUUGGUGAUUCAGGAUCCAUUACUGCGGCACAGAGAGACUGAGUCUUACGAGACCUGCAUCAGAGUUGCCUUGACUGCAGUGUGGAUCAUCAUCACUCUCCUCAUUGCUCUGUUUGUUCCAGACAUCAGCAAAGUCAUCAGCAUUAUUGGUGGCAUUAGCGCAUUCUUCAUCUUUGUCUUCCCAGGGCUUUGUUUAAUAUUUGCCAUGCAAUCUCAGCCAAUGUCAGCAAGACUCAGGUGGAUUUUAAUUGCAUGGGGAAUGAUCACAAUUUUAUUUGGCACAUUCAUUUUUGGGCAGAGCACUUUCUUUGCCAUUAUGCAGGUCUUUCAUAAGCUAUGAUUCUUGUCAGCAUUUGAAACUCUACCUCUAAACGGAACUCUUCUGUUUUCAAUUAAACAUUACAAAAGUAUUAAUGUACCUAAUUUUACAAAAUAUUGCUGGGAAACCCAUGAGUAUAUUAAUAUAUGGUGCUAUAACAUCUUUUUUAUGGUAAGGUUUUAUGAUAUGCAAAAUUGUUAGUAAGGUGGUGAAAUCCUUUGAAACAAUUUAACAAGGCCUUAAAAUCUUUGGAAAAUAGUUAUGUAUUAAGCCUUAGUCUUUUGUAGCGCCAUUGUCUUUAUUUUUUUUUUUUACCCUUUUUGAAACUUUAGCUUCCCUAUUGUUCCAAAAUUCUGUUAGUAAUAGUGUGUUGAAUUGUGAAAUUAUGGCAGUGUACACCUUGCUGCUUUCACUGUUCAGCAAUAUGAGAUUUCCAUAUAAAAUGAUUCUGUAAAAUAAAAUUAGGCUUUGGAGCCACUGUGACCCUGACCAAGAUUAAGAUGAAUGAAUGAAUGAAUGAAUGAAAAUUCACACUGGCAGUAAGAUGUUUUUAUUACAGUUUAAUCACUAUUAUUAUCACAGACCUACCCAAAAGAUACAGAAUAGCAAUAUUCUGAUAGCGCUCAGAUCCUAAUGGGACUCUAAAUGAGUGCUUUAUUAAAGGCAGGUGUGCUUGAAGUGUAAACUUUUUAAGUCUAUAGAUACAAGACAAGACAAUGCUAGCAGUAACUGUAAAACUUAAAUACGUGCUUUGCUACGAGUGCCAAAUAAAGAAUUUGGCUUUUCCAAUUAGCUCUAGAUUGUUCCAGUA